AUGCCGAUGUACGGUGAUUUAGGCAACAAAUUGGUUCAACACGCCAAACGGACACAAAACUUGACACAUCUACCGCCAUACCAGACCGAACUAGUCCGAGCUGUGACUCGAGAGGUGCGGGACCUUGACAAAGACGUGGCCAGCUUGCUCGAGCCAUUCCAAGGCUCCUUCGACCCCUCAGCAGACCAGGCAACCGCGUGCACCUUGCUGGUCAAUCAUCUUUCUAUGCGCCGCAACAAGCGCUGCCUCCUUGCCUACCACCGGACACGUACCGACAAGUUGGAGGAGCUUGUGUGGAGUGGCUCGGAUGUGCUAGAUCUCGCAGGCCAGCAAGCCGGCGGUGGGAACGGUGCAGGCGCUGCGGUGGAUAGUGGAGGGGGUAGUAGUCUGAGUCCGCAGGAAGAGGACUAUUUUCGGCAGUAUGGGGAUCUUCUGGCAGCUUAUAAGGGUCAGUGGACGGACGUUGACCUGACUGGGAGUCUUGAGCCGCCAAGAGACCUAUUCAUCGACGUCCGUGUGUUGAAGGACGCGGGUGAAAUCCAGACGGAAUACGGGGCUAUUAACUUGACCAAAAACAGCCAGUUCUACGUUCGACAGGGUGAUGUCGAACGGUUGAUCGCCCAAGGUUACCUUCAAAAGCUUGGGUGA